UGGACGAUGAGUGGUGGUGUUUGGGCACGGCCCGCAAGGGCCCAUGCCGAUCGGGCGCGCUGUCGUGCCGUCGCUCCACUUCUAGGAUACAUAGUCAGUCCCUGGCCCCCCAACAAGCCGUUGCAUUCCCACACACGGCGCUCAUCAAUACCUGCAGAGGAAGGACAACCAUGGAAAAGCAUUCAACGGGCUCGGGCGUGGGCCAGCACCCGAAACUCCUCACCAGGGACGCUCCCCAGAAGAAUAAACGCUUCGAAUACUACGAGUCACGGAAACAAAUGGCUCAUGCGAAACGACGCUCCAAGGAAAUAGACCGCUCCCUGAAGGAAGAUGCCCGCAAGCGCCGCUCCCAGUACGUCGUCUCCAUCGACGGUCUCCAUGAUUCCGGCCCUCGCUUCGCUCGUCAGCUUCAAAUCCUCAUCUCACACGGCCUCCCUCGCGACCAGCGCCUCUCCCACAAAGACAAUAUUCGACGAUCUCUACUCCAGGCCCUGUGCAGUGCCGCUACUGCCGCCCGCGAUGAAACCAAGUCUCCAAUUACCACCAUUACCAAGAAAACCGCAGAACAGAUUCUCACACAGCUGCCCAAUCCCAGCGACCUUGAACCAGGGUGGCGGCCAUCCCGCGACACGGUCGCCGCAGCGCUCUCGCUAUGGAGCGACGAAGGGUUGCGAGAGACAUUAAAGAGCAAACGAGAGCCAUGGGUACCAGGAAUGGAUAGCUACGACAGGUAUGCCAAGCCCUUCCCCCCUUACCAGUUGACAUAGGUGGUCCCGGAAGGUGUCUAACACGGGCCACGAAGCUCUGUAUUUCUCCCCGAAACAUGUUACUUCCUCGCCCACGUCGCCCGCAUCGCAGAAGCCGCGUACAUC